AAAGGUCGAUGAUCAGUGCGACUAUCGUGAAGAGGGAAGGGUCUGCAAACGACUCGAAGGUAAGACGAAUGGAACAAUGGAAAAGUUCAACUGACCUCCAGUUAGUUUUUUGUUUGCCUCUGCCCAAUCAGAACCUGGAUGGAAAGUUGAGACAGGCCUUCCCAGAAAGAGAGAGACAGAGACAAGAUCAACUGAGAACCUCGUACACGAGUGCAUCGGUUCAAGUUGUCACAAUCCACAGUACUAUACAAGGAACAGCUGGAUAGAAAUAAACAAUUUGAAGAUAAAGGCUAGUGCAACUGUUCGAGCUCCAAAAGACGUCAAGGAGUGAAUACAUCAGCGCCAUUAUGACCAAUUUUCCGUCGCGUCACUAAGGUUCUUCAACCACUGUUUCCUAUCGCCUCGUAGACCCCUGUUAAGCGUUUUGCACCUGCAUACACGGCUUACAUCAAAAUUCAGGCAGUCAGGGGCUUCAUAGACGGGCGUCGUGUUUUGGUGUGGUCACCACGAACUCUUCCCACCUAAUCCAACUUCCUCUAACAUGGCAUGUCGGACGGGUCCUCUGACCUUUGCAGAACUUGGUAAAGUUA